AUUCUCGUUGAUGGCUACAAUAGUCAAGAUAGCAAUUCAGUUCGUUAUUAUCUUCUAUUCCGAGCCCGUGACAAACACACCAAUAACCAUACACGUCACUAAUAACUACUCGUGACUCUGCCUUUCGUGUCCAAUUCUAUCUGGGAUAUAUAUUUUCUACUUUGCACAUAAUCUCAACUUCAAAGCGCCUCACCUGCUUCCAGCUUUCUUUCUUCAUUGACGUAUCCUGCCAAAAAUGAAUAUCGAACAAUCAGCGGACGAUACAUUAGAUAUCGAAGAGUUCGACUAUGCUGGGGAUGUUGUUCUCAUCGUGGAAGGCGAAUCUCCAAAUGCUGCAAAAUUCCUCGUGUCGUCGAAGGUUCUUGGGCUUGCUUCCCCUGUAUUUGCAGCACUUUUUUCGCAAAAUUUCUCCGAAGGUGGCCAAAUAAUUGAAGGCAACCGCCCUGAAAUCAUGCUUAGGGAUGAUGAUCCAGCGGCUAUGCGAAAAAUAUUAGGAAUCCUCCAUUACAAGGGCCCUGGGGAUGAGAUGGAUGCCAAGAUGCUUGCUGCCCUUGCAAUUCAUUGCGACAAGUAUAAUUGCAUCAGGGCCCUCAGACCGUGGAUUGAAAUUUGGCUCACAAGCAUUGGAUCUAUGAAGGCCACUGAUGAUUACGGCCCUUUACUGUUAGCUGCUCAUUUUUUUCGAAUGCCAGAGUCGUUUGCUUUGGUAUCUUCAAACGCUCAGAAGGACCUUACUCCAGACGUUGUGUUGACGUGGGAGGUACACGAACAUUUGAAUUUGUUACCUCAUUGUGUGAUAGAUGACUUGAUAGAUGGUAUCGAACGAUUACUGGGGUACCUGCAUAGUGAAGUACAGUCUGUUGAAGGUCUUAUCAGGGAAUGCAAAGCGCGUUACGUGAUUGAAGGCCUUGACUGCUUUCGUUGUGGGCGGUCACACCCCGCACAAGCCAAAAAGUGUCAUCCCUGCAACAACACCGAACUACACUCCAAGCAUUGUACCGUUGACUCCAGGGUGGCAGACUAUUUUGCAAUAUUAAGGCAUUCCGAACUUUGGCCCUCAGUAAUUCCAUUCCAGAAAUUCUCGGUGUCAGAUCUAGCAUUCGGGAUUUCUUGCGCCAACAACGACCUCAAGCACAGCUGCGGAGCAUGGAGGUGUCCUCUCAAGCAAGAACUGGACAGAUUAAAUCAAGGAGUGCAAAAGAUGGUCAAGGAAAUUAGAGGGUUUUCUCUCUAUCCUCUUCAUGAGAAUUUGAUCGAUUCUGGUGAUAAGCAGCUGAGUUAAUUCAAUCUGGAAGAAAAUAAUACAUAGCCCCUCCUGGGAGCCGUUUUACAUUUCGGAUCUAAUUUCGUUUAAUAUACCCAACUGGAGAUCUUUGAAGAACAUUGUGGCUCUGGCGACAGGUUUCGUGCAAGCCAAGGGACGGGUCACGCUGUGGAGAAAGAUGUUUCUGUGGAGGAGAUUGAGAAGACAGAGAUUAAUGGCCAGAAACUAUAGGGUCUCGGUACGGCUCAGUCGGUAUGGGAAUUUCUGUCGCAGCAUGGAAAGACCGGGUUUCCUCUUUUCAAUGCGGUGCACGGCAUUAUCGAGGGGUCAUCGGUGGACGAUCUCCCAAAGCUGCUGCAAUGAGCUUCGACUAUACGGGCAUAGUAGAGCGAUGUAUAUAUUUUCAUUUAAUGCAACUAAAUAAGCAUGACGUCACUGCAUC